GACAACAUGGUUCCGAGGUAUAAGUGUCACCUUUGUGACAAGACCUUCUCUUGGUGUUACACUCUCACCCUCCACCUUCGAAAGAAGCAUCAACUCAAAUGGCCAUCUGGACACUCCCGUUUUAGGUACAAGAAGGAUGAGGAUGGGUAUCUGCGGCUCAACAUGGUGCGUUUUGAGACUGUAGAGGUUACGGAAGAGUUGAUUAAAAACAUGGCUGAAAAACGCACCCCUCGCAAGGUCUCUGGUUCAACCAGUCACUCCAAGGAGCCCAUGCUGCAUCCCGAUAGCGGCAAUAGCACUCCCCAGCACUCUUCCUUACCCUCCUCUCCUUCCUCAUCUUCCUCAACCUCAGAGCUUCUGGAGGGUACUGACAGCAGUGAAUUAAAAGGUGAUGAAACAUCUGUGUAUUGUGUGUUGAACACUGUGACUGAGGUCAGUGGGGAUCCAGAGGAAGCGGCCCAGCCCGGUGGGCCAUCAGGGGCUGUUAGAGCUCUGGCUGCAGUGGCUAGAGGUCUAGGAAUGGAUGUGGUAUAAUCUCAUACCUAUCAAAUGCAGUUUCAUCAGAGAUAACCUGUGUGAGAAUACACAACCUGUUUAACCUCAAUAGAUUAAACAUUUUCCAUUAGAUCAAUGUUUUUAUAAACUAAAAUGCAAAGUUUAGAGGAUG